GUCACUGGUCUUAUUAAUACUAAGCAGAGAGCUACUAUGAUUGUAGUCUGUGUUAGUGAAUGGCUAGCUUUCCCCCCCAACAGGUGAUACCGUCUUUUGCUUAUAGGGAUUGUCAUCAUCAAGAGAGCCACUCUUUGCUGAGGCAGGGGUUCUAUUCCACCCAGGAACCUAGCCAAGAAAGGCCACAAAAUUUAUCAUCUAAUUCUUUCCAGCCACCAACCCAAAGCCCAUUUUCACCUUCUAAAACUCAGGACAAUUGUGAAAGCUUCCCCAUGAGUGUCAGUAAUCUCCCAUCUGUGUCCUCUAUGUAUCAACCAAGCAUGUUUAAUUAUGAGCGUCCAAAACACUUUAUCCAGUCUCAGAAUCCAUAUCAAGGGAAGCCACAGCCUCCAGGACCAGAAACCUCUACUGCGCUUCCAACCAGGCAAACCAAGCAGUCUUCCAUUCUAAUCCAGCCUUGUAACCCUAACGAGAAGAAAUUUUCUUCCUCUUCAUCGCUGAGCUCGCCUAUCUCGCUCUCCUCGCCUUCAUAUAGCGCUUCAUUUCCCGUAACACCUGCAUCUGCGCAGUCUCCUGCUAGCUCCUCAUCUGGGCAGAGGAUUUCAUCCAUGCAUAACCAGUCCCCUGCAGCAUUCCUUUGUUCCGUGUUGCCCUCCUCACACUUUGAUUAUAAUAGCCAAGGCCCUUCCUCGGUGGAGUCAAACAGUUAUUCAAAGCCUAUGUACAAAAAGCAAACCAGCAGCACCAGACAAGUGCAGAAGACUUCUGACAGAGAGAUACAAGGAACGAAAGACGCCCUCAUUCAAGACUUGGAAAGAAAACUACGAUGUAAAGAUAACCUUCUCCAUAACGGAAACCAACGUUUAACCUACGAAGAGAGGAUGGCUCGCAGGUUACUUGGACCAGAAAAUGCUGCAUCUGUGUUUGAACCUCAGAGUGAAGAAAAUCCACAGGACCCACAUCAGCAGAACAUGGAAAGCACACGGCUGCAAGUUCCUACGCCACAAGUAAGGAGCAGGCCAUCUUCAAGAGGGGAGAGGAAUGAGCAAGGCUCAAUCCAGGAGAAGUUUUUUCAACCACGUUUCUUGCAAGUGCCUGAAGAUAUAACAGUUGAAGAAGGACGAUUCUGCAGGAUUGAUUUCAAGGUCAGUGGACUACCAGCUCCAGAUGUGUCAUGGUACUUAAAUGGAAGACUGGUUCACCCAGAUGACUUUCAUAAAAUGAUUGUUUCUGAAAAAGGCUUCCACUCAUUCAUUUUCGAAGUCGUCCGGGUUUAUGAUGCAGGAACCUGGGAGUGCGUGGCUUUUAAUCGUGCUGGAGAAGCUUCCUUUAGAGUAAAGCUAGAUGUUAUUGCACGAGAACACCGGAAAGCCCCCGUGUUCAUCUUUAAACCACAAAGCACAAAAGUUUAUGAGGGGGAUUCAGCCAGACUUGAAUGCCAAGUGUCUGCUAUUCCCCCACCACAGAUCUACUGGAAAAGAAAUAACGAAAUGGUACAAUUCAAUACAGACAGAAUCAGUAUGUUUCAUGAUACAUCUGGAAAGGUUUGCUUGCUGAUCCACAAUACAAAUAAAAAAGAUGCUGGUUGGUACACAGUGUCUGCAGUCAAUGAAGCAGGAGUAGCAACAUGCCAUGCCAGGUUGGAUGUAGCUACUCACACAUACAAGCCAAUUCCAAACCCAAAGCCGUUGAAAGUUCGACCAACUUUUAGCAAAUACUUGGCACUCAACGGUAAAGGUCUGGAUGUGAAACAAGCUUUCUUGCCUGAUGAAGGAGAGUUUCAGCGUAUGGCAGCACAGUCUGGACUCUAUGAGAGCGAUGAACUUUAACUGUCAAUAAUAUGGAAGAAAACUUCUAUUGCUCCUGCAACAGACACUUAUGAAGAAUGCAUAGGUUCAAUUAAGUGGUGGUUGCACUGAUUAGCAAACAUGCCUAAUAUAUUUUUAUUUAUAAUUUAACUCUUGCUCUUACUUCCUGCUGCUGUGAUUUUACUAAGAUCGAUGUGUGUGAUUGUAGCAGAAGGAAAUAUCAAUGUUUGUACUUCUAAUGUUAAAGGCCAAGGAAUUUGGCCAGUGGACAAUCAUGAAAGUGCAGAUGGCUUGAAUACAUCUAGAUUCAGUCACACAGUUUGUAUUCAUACUGCUUUGUUAUUAUCACUCCCCAUAAUACUACAAUUUAUGCUGGCUGACUACUAAAACAUAAACUUUAGUGCUUUUAAUGAAAGUUUUAUGUCCAAUGCAAAUAAAAGUUUUAAAUAUAA